AUGUGGAAGCAGCAUCGAGAGUCGAUCCUCAAAGGUCUCCAGAACUGUGGGCUGAGCCUCUACUGCUACUACAGCAGAGAUAGGGACCAGAUCUUGGUCAAGAUCGGGGCUUCAGCUCAAAAGCUCAGGGAUACAGCAGCCAGGAAGCGGUACAAGCUGCAGCUGAAGAAGGAGUAUCUCAGUGCAUACGCCGAGUUCCGACACGACUAUCCUGGAAGGCCAGAAUUUCGAUUCAAUGAUCGGCGCAUCAUCUCCCACAUCUACGAGACUCACACGGAGGACAGUUUGGACGGUAGCAACAUCUUCAAGAUCUCAGACAAGAUUGACUUGAUUCACCACAUUAUCCAGUCCAAAGACAAGGAUUGCGCAGGCAUCAAUCCAUCUCGACUUCUGCAUCAGGGUGAGCUGAAGGCAUAUUUCCCCAUCCAUGACGAAGCUGGCAUCGCCAAAAUCAAGGAGUUUCAGUGGAAGUGGUUUUGGCCUGACGAAGAACAAGCCAAUCUGUUGCGGGACUAUUUCGGGGACAAGAUCGCCUUCUACUUCUUGUGGAUGGCUUUCUACUUGAAAUGGCUUCUGCCACUUGCAGCUCUAGGUACUGAUGAGUGUUUGGUGCCUGGCUCUGCCACAUUUCUGGCGCCGCCAAGAGGCUUCGAAGACAGACUGAUGGACUCUGGACAUCUCUGGACAUCUCUGGUGUUUGCAUUGACUGCGCUGACUCAAAAGGCAGAAGCCUUUUUGCGCGAUGACUUGAUCGAUAGCUGCAGCGUGAUGGCGCCGGAUGCAAGCCCUCUGAGCCCAGUUAGCCCUGUAAGUUCGCAGCUCACGUCACUGGAAAGGCUGGAGCUACAAAAGCUGCGAUGGGAAGUAGCAGAACUUCGCACAGCGUUGGCCAAGCACGACAAACUCGACAAAAAGCUCGACGAUCUCGACAAGCUGCACCACAAGGAUGAUGGACUCGAUGGCAAGCACGAGAGCCGUUGGGAGGCAAGCGCAGCGAGUGCAGCCUCAACUUGGCCAAAUUCGUCUCCGGAGACAGGCAGCAUUUCACGAUCACGACGGUCGAGUUGUUUUGAUGUACCCAGUCCUACCAGCCCUGGUUUUUGUCGUUCACCUAGCCCUGUCAAAUAUGGAAAAUGGGACUGGGUCCUGCAAGAACGUGCUUAUUGCUUUGCUCGAAACUUCUUCUUGGACGAGCCUGGCCGGCGGACACGGGGAGAACUUGGAGCUGCUCUCGGGCAAGUUCCGGACAUUUUUGCUUUCUUCUCGGAACACUUUCCCAGUUUCUUCGCAGGGGAACCAACAGAAGUCGUGGAUUGGAAUGAUUUCGUUCAAGCGUACGUGCAGUACUGCAAGACGAGCAAAUCCACAUCUGCUGGAGUCAGUGAUGACACAUGCCGUUCGACACCUUCAGGCUGCGUUUCAGAGCUCAAAGAGGUAUCGACGCCUCCAAGCGCUUUGGACCUCUUGACAUUGCAGGACUAUAAGGAUUCACUGCUGAUAUCCAAGCCCUUGAUGGAGUCUCCGGACAGCGCCCAUUUCAGCAAAGGACAGCUGAAGUUGGAUCGGGUCGGUGACCAAUUCAUGUCGGUGGCACCAGCGUUUUGCGCCCAGUUGUUCAGCAGAAUUGAACGGGGUGAAGAGUGGUUGAGGCAGGUGUUUGGAGUUCCUUUUGCCAAAGCUGCAAUCUUUGCAGCUGAGCAGCCGGAAGUUCGGCGCUGUGAUGCCGGACCUUCACAGAACUGCCCCAAUCCUUAUGGUGUAAUGGCUACAUGGCGAUAUGCCGUGAAUAACCUGCGACGUGCCGUGGAUUUGCUCCCAGAAGAGCAACGACAAAUGCACAAAAGUACCGUGUCUCUUGUAGCUCAAAUCUCUUCUGAGAUAGAUGCUUUCUUUCAGCAGCCAACAGCUGAAGCUAUGGUAGUUGGAGUGAGCAAUGCCCGGAUGUUGUUUGAUGCAUUGAAAGACUGGAUGAUCAAUUCGCCUCCAUCCUUCAUGGAGCUGCCAGAUGAUACUACUGUUGGGCUCGACUUUCUUCCUGGCCAAAGGGCCCUACGGAUCAGUGCAGAUCCUGAAACUCAUCCAGGAGAGGUCGAAGUUAGGUUGGCCAACGGUGUAGAGAUGCCAGUUCUGGGCUUUGGAACAUGGCAACUCUUGGGCUCCACAUGUUAUGAAGCCACCGCCCAUGCAUUACGAGUGGGAUAUCGGCAUAUUGAUACAGCCCAAGCGUAUGGAAACGAAGCAGAGGUGGGAAGAGCCAUGCUGGACUCAAAGAUCCCCAGGCGAGAAGUGUUCCUGGUUACCAAGCUCAGCAAUCCAGGUGAAUAUCAAGCGCCCCAACUUCUUGCCCGCUUUGCAAGUCAGUUGAGAGAUCUGCAAACCGAUUACAUUGAUUUGUACAUGCUGCAUUCGCCCGGUCCCUCCAAAGAAAUCACACUUGCUGCAUGGCGAGCAAUGGAAGACUUGUAUCACCAGGGGCGAAUCCGGGCAUUAGGAGUGUCAAAUUUUGGUCGUGAAGAUCUUGAAUCUCUCCUGGCACACGCAUCAGUGCCACCUGUCUAUGUGCAAAACAAGUUUUCCAUCUACAGCCCUGGCGAGCAAAGAAUAGACACGUCAAGAUCAUUGCUGGGCUAUUUGAAGGAAAAGGGAAUUGUCAUGAUGGGCUACUCAGUGAUCAACCCCUGGCCUAGCAUCCUGCCUCCUUUGCAAGAUCCUCAUGUCCUGGCCAUUGCUGAACGCAGACAAGUAUCACCAUCACAGGUUCUUCACCGCUGGGCGCUUCAGCUUGGUGCUGGCGUGAUUCCCAAGUCCGCAACUAUGCAGCGGAUUGAAGAGAAUGCAAGGCUCUUUCAUUUCAGUUUGAGCGAUUUGGAGAUGAGACUUCUCAGUGGCAUAGUGAUGCUGAGCGAAAGUACUGUUUCCACACUUGCGCCCAAAUGGAUACCAGAUGUCUACAAUCUUGCCACUGGUGUGAGGGGUGUGCAUCACCACAUCGUGGGAUUUCAGAUUGCAAUUGCAGCGUACGUGGAACUUUCCAAUGCUGGACUUGAUGUGUUGGCGCGGCUGCUGACAGAUCAGGAAAAUCAUAGAACGCAGACCGAAUAUGAAGCUGCAUUCCUAUGGAAGGGAGCCGUGCUGAAGUACAUGAACUCUUUUUUUGCUCUGUACUACGUCGCCUUUUUCAAGGAGCAUCAGACCCUUUUCUCGGAGCCGAUGGAGUGCCUCAGAGACCAAUGCCUUCUGGACAUGCAGUCGCAAUUGGGAAUCUUCGUACUCUUCCGGCUAUUGGUGUCCAACGUGUUUGAGCACUACUACCCGAAAGUUCGCUUGUGGUUCCGGACCAUGUACUAUGACAACGUGAGUCUCCUGAGCUUGUCACAUGGCCAAACUCUUGAGCUUGCAGAGAUGUCCCCAGCGGAGCAGCAAGCCAAGAAGGAAAAGCACCGCAACUUCCAGCAGUUUGACGAGAUGCUUUUGACGCAUGGCUUUGCUACACUCUUUGCGGUAACUUCUCCGUGGGUAUGCACCGCAACGUUGCUGGCUGUCAUCGUCGAAAUUUGGAUAGACAUGAAGAGCUUGUUGGACAGCAGACAGCGUCCAUUUCCAGAACGUGCACGGAACAAUGAGCCCUGGGGAGUUGCCUUUGAUGUCUAUGGUGUCCUGGGAGCUUUAACAAACGUGCUGCUGCUGAUCUACACAUCAACUCAGUACUCUGGCUGGUCUGCUACGGAGAAGAUGGUGUUCUUCGUUUUCUUGGAGCAUGUCAUCUUUGGUGCCAAGUUCAUGAUGACCCUGGUCUUCCCUGAGGUGCCACAGGCCGUGGAGGUGCUGGCAUUGAAGCAAGACAACGUGGUACAUCGGUGCCUGGAGGGGAUCAAGGUUGAGAGUCAAAUGGACUUCAGCCUUUUCCGAGAAAGUCGUGCACAAGAGGAAGUGCAGGUGUUUGGCCACGACUUGCUGGAGAAGGAGGAGGCGCCACGGCGCCACGAGAUCCACAGAUUCCACAGAUUCCACAGUUGCCUUCCGGCGCUCCAAGCCCACCGCGAUGCACCUGACUGGUACCAAGGUGUCAUUGACGAGGUAGGAACUCUCCGCGUCAACAUCGGCAUGCCAGUGAUGCCGGUGGGAACCCAGUAA